CUGAAGCACAGCAACUUCCAUCCGCCUCUUCGAGUUACACACAUGUCUCCCGUCCUUCUCUUUGGUAUCCUGCCAGCCGCCAAUGAAAAGGCUCGCGACGAGAUAAUAGCUGGUCUGGGAAAGAUUGCGGAGUACGCCAAAGAGCACGACCCAGAAACCACAAAGCACGCCACGCACGUCUCUGUUGAUCCUUCUGAUCCGCUGACUGUCGUCGCCAUCGAGGAGUACACCAGCCAGGCCGUGUGCGACGCGCACAACGCCUGGCCGCCCGUGCUCGAGUUUCUGGAAGCUUGGAAAGCCGACCCGGGAAGGUUGUCGGGUCCGCCCAAGAUCUGGCAUUCCAACCACGCCGUGGCAAGCUUCACUAGAGAUGCACUCGUCGAGGCUGAAAACCCGUUCGUUGUCCUCGCUACGCUGCAGUACAACAGCGAGGAGGAGAUGAACGACGCUCUAAGUGGGUGGGGCCCCGCCGUGAGCGCGACGGAGACAAGCGAGCAGGGGACAUUGUCGUACGCCAUCGGCCGCGACGUCGAGGUGCAAAAUCGAUUGACCUUUGUGGAGGUGUACGAGGACAAGAAGUAUCUGGAGGACGUUCACAUGCAGUCGGACAUUUUGAAGAAGCAGAUGGAGGCUGAGAAGCAGCGGGCACCGAAAAUGGAGAUCUACAUGCUCAAAAAGGUCGCUGGGUAUCUGCGCAAAUAGGUUGUUUUCUUCAGAAAAAUUUGGUCCUGGUUCACGUGUCGACAUAUUCCUGCACUACGUCGACUACUUCGCGGACUUCCUCCAGCGCCUCUUUUUCGUACAGAAGGCCUUCGAGUGCAGAUUUGGGACUAAACCACCUUGCACUCAAAACGAAAGCAAGAACUACGACCAGCAGAGCAGAAAUACCUACUAUGGCUCGUAGCGCAAUCAUAUUCUCCCUUACCGUCUUCCCG